AUGAGAACUGUUACUCCAGCGUGACCUGUAUUUCCAAGUCACUAGCGAAUAACACUGCAGGAGGAAGGGGGGGAAAAAAAGAAAAAGAAAAAGCAAUAUGGAUGGUUUAAUUGAACAGAACAGUGUGCUAAUGCAAAGUAAAAUCGGUGAAGCUGGGAAAAGGAAUGGCUUAAUUAACACAAGGAACUUAGUGGCAGAGAACAGAGAUGGCCUUGUCUCUGUGUACCCAACCCCACAGUAUCAGAGCCGCAGAGCAGGAAACCUGCCUCCUCAGGGCUGCCUGGAGAAUGGAAAGAAUGACUCCGUGCAGCAGCUGCUUGACCCCAACACGCUGCAGCAGACUGUGGAGUCCCACUACCGUCCCAACAUCAUCUUGUACUCAGAGAACAUGCUGCGGGCAUGGGGGGACAGCGUGAAUGCUGAAUGCUGCGAGACCACCUUCAUUGAGGACCGCUCACCCACCAAGGACAGCUUGGAGUAUCCUGACAGCAAGUUCAUUGACCUCUCAGGUGAUGACAUCAAGAUCCAUACCCUCUCCUAUGACGUGGAGGAGGAGGAGGAUUUUCAGGAGCUGGAGAGUGAUUACUCCAGUGACACAGAGAGCGAAGACAACUUCCUGAUGAUGCCACCCCGGGACCAUCUUGGCCUCAGCGUCUUCUCUAUGCUCUGCUGCUUUUGGCCACUGGGGAUUGCUGCCUUUUACCUGUCGCAUGAGACAAACAAAGCAGUUGCCAAGGGAGACUUCCAUCAAGCCAGCUCCAGCUCCCGACGAGCGCUCUUCCUGGCCGUCCUGUCAAUCACCAUUGGGACUGGCAUAUACGUGGGCGUAGCCGUGGCUCUGAUCGCCUACCUGUCCAAAAAUAAUCACUUAUGAGCCUCAAAAACAAGUGAGAGCUAGCCGUACAGCUCCUUCUAGUGCAGAAACCCACAGAGGCUCAGAUUGUGCCAUCUUCCCAAACAACCAGGGGGACCUGAGCCCUGGGGCUAGCUACUGGGGAGAUGGGCCUAUGUGUACUGUGUCCUUUUUCAUUCUUUGCAACGUACAAGGCCUGCUUCUUGAUCCUUCCAUGUCUUUGACCCUUUUCUUCUCUUUUUUCUUUUCUUUUUUGCAACCCAGCGUUUACAAGAAGCCAGCAAACAUAGGCCUUUUCUGAAGACCCUUCAGAGCAAUCCAGAACUUUGUGACUACACUGGUUUGUUCUUUGCUUGCUCAUUAACACACUAGUCUGCACUGCACUGAACUGUAGGGAAGCCUGAACAGGUACUGGUUCUCAGAAAGAGCAAUACAAACCUAGAAAGAAGCAUAUAUUUUCUUUUGAAUGUGAGGGCUCAAUGACCAAAGGGUGGGAUGGAGGCCUCAGUGAAGAAUGGCAUUGUCUAAUCUCACAUUCAGUAGAUUGCUGCAGGAGAGGAAAACAGAUUGAUUUUCCUGUCUUGAUUUUGGUUUAAAAUUUAAAUACCUGGGAACCAGCAGUGUGUGAUAGCUGAGUUUCACGCACGAACAAGCUCUGCAAACUGAACGUGAAGCGGGCAUAGCAUGGGAUCUAUUGUAAAAUUAAUAUGUCAAUUCAGCUGCUACUUGAUGAUGAUUCUCUCCUGAGGCACGUAACUCAUUCAGGCCACUUCCCCCCUCCUGGGAAGAACCUGUCCAGCAGUUAAAUACACGAAACCUGCAAAAAUAUUUCAUGGCAAAGCAUGGAGUCAACAAAGGGCAGAAAUGCAUCGUGCCCCUCCGAGGUGUGGACUCGGACCCAGAGCAGCGCAUGAGAACACUCCAAUUCCCACCUCAUGGCACCAGUGCUCAUUCAUAGACCGCAGACUCUCAGCCUAGGCAUGGAGAUAACACUUGACAUUAUCUCACUGUGCUGUCCACCUGAUAAGCAAUUUAACUGGUAUGUUGUAAAGGAAUUGAGCAUUGUCCUUAUUUCACUGACUGGAACAAUAAGCUUAUUUUAUUUAUUACACCCCCUGACGCACUGCUUUUCCUUUCUUUUAUUUAUUAUUUUUUUUACAGCCCCAGCAUGUCUUCAAAGGAUUCAAUUUAUCAGACACAGGUAACAGUGUUAAGAAAUGGAUUGUUGCAAUAGGCCUUUUAAUAUUCAUUCACUUGGUUUUAUCUGUGCCACUCAUUUAUCUAAGAAUAUCAUUUGGGAUCAUUUGAUCCAAUUAUUCUGUAGUUCUUAUCUGAUCUUUUUCUUUCUUUUCUUUCUUUCUUUCUUUUUUUUUUUUUGGAGGUGGGGUGGACAAACACAUCCAAAACUAUUUUUCUGCUAGUUAUACCGUUUAUUAAAACACAUAGCAUACAGCUG